AUGUUUCGAAAGAGUAAGAAACCAAAACGAAAAGGACAAGAAAUCAAAGCGGUCAGUCGUCUUUUAAUUCAUUUAGUUGGCACAGGACGCCAUGGUUCUCUUGGAGACUGUCUCAUGCUCCGCACUCACAACGCCAACGCCGAUCUGCACGUCUUUCUCGAAGCUGCUGGGCGCAUCGACUACCAUGUAAGCUCCCUGCAUGAAACAAAGUCCAGAGACGGACGUGCUGCAGGCCAUGAAGGCAGCCACACUCCGGGACCGGACCACUUUGCCGACCUCUUACCAGCUAAAGCACGUCGCGUACAGAAGAUACUUGUGCACAUCUAA